AUGCGAACUUUUAUUGAUUCACUACCAAUGGCAGAUAUUAGCGAACUUUUUGCUUCAACUGUUCGAGUUUUCUCACAAGCUCUUAUGAUUUUUGGUGGUGUUGUUCCAUAUAUUCCUCAAUAUAUGAUAAUAAAUCGUUCUCAAAAUGCUGAAGGUUUUUCCAAUUAUGUUUGUCUUACAUUACUUAUUGCAAAUAUUCUACGUAUUGAAUUUUGGUUUGGUAAACAUUUUGAAACUCCACUACUUGUUCAAUCAAUAAUCAUGAUUCUUUGUAUGCUUGUUAUGCUUGAACUUUGUAUACGAGUUCAUUCAAAAGCUAUUCGUCAUCAUUUACCAAUAAGUCAACAGAAUUUAUCAACUUCAAAAGAAUUAACAAUCGAUCAUAAUGAAAAAAGAUUUACAGAUCUUGAUACAGCUUAUUUUUGGCGAUGGACAACAUUUACAAGUUAUAUUCAAUUUUUAUGUUUAUUUACUGUUCUAUUAAGUUCAACAACAUGGUUGUUUCUUGAUAAAAUGGUAUAUAUUGAAACAAUUGGAUUCUUAGCUGUAUUUUUCGAAGCUUUAUUAGGUACACCACAGUUUUUACGUAAUUUUCGUUUAAAAUCAACUGAAGGAAUGAGUGUUAAAAUGGUUCUUAUGUGGACAUCAGGUGAUAUAUUCAAAACUGUUUAUUUUCUUCUUCGAAAUGCGCCAAAACAAUUUUGGCUUUGUGGAUUAUUACAAAUUAGUAUUGAUAUUGCAAUACUUUGUCAAGUUCUUAUUUAUUCAGAUAGAUAUAGAUUACGUAUACGUUAA